GGUGGUGAGGAUGGGAUGGCAAGCACCAAUGGACAGCUCAGCUCUCCAGUCGCGGCUGCAGUUGCGGCCCGAGGCCGGCGGCGCGCCGCCGCUAGGUGGCGCCGCAGCGCCCCACCCCGCGCAUGGCCCGCGGGAGGGAGGGGGGCGGGUCGGUGUCGAGGCGGAGCAUGCGCAGUGCGCGCGCCUCGCCCGGGCCGUUUGCCUCCGCCUCCUGCCUGCGCCGCCGCUCCCGCUCCCCCUCCCGGCGGCGCCGCCGCCACCACAGCGAGCGGGAGGAGGAGGAGGAGGAGGAGGAGGAAGGGAGAGAGGGAGGCAGGUCCGGCGGCUCUCUCGGGUACCCCCAGCGGCGAGGCGGGCGAGGGGGAAGAUGGCGACGCUGGGAGGCGAUUCGCAGCCCUUCCCCGCCGCUGCUCUGUCGGCGGCAACGGCCGGGGUGGGCGGCGGCGGCUGCGGCGGGGCGCUGGGUUUGCAGGCGCCGCUGAACCGCGGUCUGGAGCGGGCGCUGGAAGAAGCGGCGAACUCCGGGGGGCUCAACCUGAGCGGCAGGAAGCUGAAGGAGUUCCCGCGCAGCGCCGCUGCCCUCAGCCACGACCUCUCCGACACGAUUUAUCCAAGAAUAGAUUAACUGAGGUUCCUACGGAGUUGUGCCAUUUUGUGUCACUGGAAACACUAAAUCUAUACCACAACUGUAUUAAAAUUAUACCAGAUGCCAUAGUAAACUUGCAAAUGCUAACUUACUUAAAUUUGAGUCGAAAUCAGCUUUCUUCUUUGCCAGCUUGUCUGUGUGGUCUUCCUCUGAAAGUCUUAAUUGCAAGUAACAAUAAGCUAGGUUCCCUUCCAGAAGAGAUAGGUCAGCUAAAACAGUUAAUGGAACUGGAUGUCAGCUGUAAUGAAAUCACAGCUUUGCCACAGCAGAUAGGCCAGCUGAAAUCUUUAAAAGAACUGAAUGUCAGAAGAAAUUACCUCGAAGUUUUACCCCAAGAACUAGUACAACUUCCCUUGGUAAAGUUCGACUUUUCCUGCAAUAAAGUGGUUGUGAUUCCAAUUUGUUUUAGAAAGAUGGUGCAGUUACAAGUAUUACUGCUUGAGAACAAUCCUUUGCAGUCUCCACCAGCACAAAUUUGUACAAAGGGUAAGGUGCAUAUAUUCAAAUAUCUGACUGUACAGGCGUGUCAGAUUAAAACAGCAGACUCACUGUAUCUUAAUGCCAUAGAACAACAGCAUUUGCCACAACCUGUGGAAGAGAGCAUUGAUGACAUCUACCCAAGUAAAAAGGACUCAGAUUCAGGUGUUGGUAGUGAUAAUGGUGAUAAACGUUUGUCAGCAACAGAGCCAUCUGAUGAAGAUACUAUCAGCUUUAAUGUUCCAAUGUCAGACAUCAUGGAAGAAGAUCAGGUUGUAAAGGAAGAUCCAGGUCGCCAUGCUAGCUCACGAAAAGUGGAAUUCCAUCAGGGAUCUUCACACUUGAUUGUCAAUGAUAAGUCAAGAGAAACAGGAAACCAGUUUGAUGAAUCAGAGACUCUUACUACGGAGUUUAUGAGUUACAUUAAGAGCAGAGCAGCAGAGUGUGAUGAGUUAUUGAGAAUAGAAGAGGACACACAAUGGCAAACAGACGAAAUAUUAAAUUUAUCAGAAGAACAAACUCUUGAUAUAGAAAUGAUAGAACAACUAAGAGAAGCAGUAGAUUUAUUACAAGAUCCCAACAGAUUAAGCAUGGAUAUAUCUGAGCGCAGUGGUGUGAAUCUGUAUCCCAUGGAACCAGCAACAGCUUUAGAAUUUCAGGAGUCUACAGUAAACAGUCAAAUGCAGAUGGAGAUGUCUUCCCUUGGUCAGAGAGAAAAUGCUGAAGAGGAACAAGAAUUUCAGAGGAGGAGAGAGUUCAUUAUGGAGAAAGCAAAGCCUGAAGUGAGGACUUGUGAACAGGGUGAAAAAUGGUCAUUGAGUCAGAAUGAUAUAAUCGUUUGGAAUACAAGUGGGCAAACCUCUCACAAUGAGAACAAGGAUAAAAGUCCGAAAAUGUCUCAUACUACAAACGCCACAAUCCCUUUUGGCCUGAAACCACGAUCAGCAGACCCAUCCCUCAGUCUUCCUCCUAUCUCCUUCAACACACUUACACAGGGCCAAACAUGGGACAACUUUAGCUACAGUAUCCCAUCUGAAGGAGACAGUGACAAUGUGUUCUUGAGACCACAAAGAAAUUUGGAAUCAAUAGACCCACAAUUUACGAUUCGAAGGAAAAUGGAGCAGAUGAGAGAAGAGAGAGAGCUUGUGGAACAGCUACGUGAGAACAUUGAAACAAGACUAAAGAUUUGUUUGCCUGAAGACUUGGGGUCAGCUCUGAUGGAUGGUGUCGUUCUCUGCCAUUUAGUAAAUCACGUUCGUCCCCGAUCCGUAGGAAGUAUUCAUGUACCUUCACCAGCAGUACCUAAACUUAGUAUGGCCAAAUGCAGGAGAAAUGUUGAAAAUUUUCUGGAUGCAUGCAGAAAACUGGGGAUACCAGAGCUUAUUGUUGUCAAGAGAUCAUUCAGAAAUGGAAAUAAACCAGAAAAUAUUACAAAGAUCCGUGCGGUACCGUAUCAGAGAUGGGUAAGCUAAGCCUUAACUCUGAGAUCUUUUAAUUGCGGAUUUCUAUAAGUAAGCAUUCUGGAGAAAUGCCUUUUCGUUUUCUAUUAUAUUUAUUAUAUUUUAUUUUAUUUUUAUUUUAUUAUAUUUAACAUAUAUCCUCUUUAUUGCUUCCACUGAAAUUAGUGUUGAUUUUUUUAGGAUUUUUUAAAAUAUUUUAUUAUAGUAUAUUUGAUGCGGGGUUACACGGAGCCUUAAACACAAGGACAUCUUACCGAUGUGAUUUAUAACCCAAGCAUCUUUAAGAAUCUAAAUAAGCAUUAACUUCUCUUGAGGGGAAAAAUUCAUUCACUUAAAAUUAAUGACUUGCAAUUGUACAUUUACAAAAGAUUUUAAGUACUCUGAGGAUAUUUUUUUUUAUCAGCUGUCAAUAAUUUGCAAAUGUGUAUGUUUGCUAUAUGGUGUUAAAAUGCAUUGUGUUAUGGAACUGGGUGGUAGAUGAUAGAACUUUGCUGCAUCUUGGAGGGCUGUGUAUUAGGAACACAAAGUUGUACGACAGCCAGUAUGACAGUUACCUGUCAAAGUUUUUAAAGUAGUACAGAUGGUGUGUUUAAUGCUGCUUCGGGUUGAUGAGUUGUACAUUCCUUGACUACCUCUGGACAAGCCAGUAAAAGGAAUGUAGUGAAUUAUUCCCUGUUUUUUUAAAAACAAGCAUCUUAUGGUGAAGUGAUAGGUUCCACUUAUGGAUCCUAAUAGCCAUAGAUGUUGGGCUUUUCUGUGGUACUUAUCUCUGUGUUUAGUUCCUGAGAACUAGCUUGAAAUUCUGCUGCAUGGGGGUUUUUUAAGGAUAGUUGCCGAUGUUUUAUUUUCAGUUAUUUAGGGAAUGGAGUAGAGUACAUGCUAUUUCCUGAACUCCACAGAUUUAGAAUAAUAUCCUGUCAAAUCAUGUAAAAUGAAAACAAGAAAAUUGCUAAGUAAUUACUGUGCUGUGCUGAUGUGCAAGGUCUCUCACUUCUGUGGCUUUCAGCAUUCAAUUCUUGGGUCAAAAUUGCUUUCCCCAGAAUGAGCCUGGGAAACUUCAUCCAACUGUAGAAAAAUGCAGCUGGUAUCCAUGUCUAAAUGUGUCUUGAUAAGCAUCAGGAGUUAGUGUCUUGACCAAAGAACGGCAAAUACAAAUUCAGGAACAUGAGCAUCUCUUCAUAAUGACCUGGUAUGUAGAUGAUUCUGGAUUUUUGUGCCAACUGGUGUCAGAAAGCUGGUAAUGAGAAUUUUAGUGUGAGGGGGUGCCAUGUUGAAAAAACUUUCUGUUAAUGGCCAUAUGAUGUUCCUCAUCAUAUGCAGAAGGGAUGUGUUGGAUCAUAAGCAAAAGGGAUGUUUUAAGGAUAUCAGAGGUUUUUGUAAAUGAUUUUUUUUUUACAGUUUUGUUUGAUGUGAGAAAGAGAUGGUAGCAGGUAAGCAUCAGAAAGCUUGAAGAUUCAGAAAACAUCUUUGCUGUGCCUCUCAGAGAGUACAUGACAGAAAAGGCACAGUCUUUGUCACUUAGAAAAAUACAAAAGAUGACUUCAUUUUACAUUUUACAGAUUAUUUUACACUGUUAACUAAAAACUGUCAAAUUGCUGAAUCUGCUUUGUAAUAGGUAUAGAAUGGCAAACACUCGUAAUUUAUGGCUGAUACAGAUUGAUGAAGUGGCACUAGAUAUAACCAGAGAUGUCCAUCCUGCAUUUUUCAGAAUGGCAUACAGUGCUUGGAUGGUGCCAUUCACUGGAGCAGAUUGUUAACAUCGUAUGAACACGCUUCUAACACCACUUAUAACACUUACUGAGUCCACUUGUAUUGCAUCCACCUUCUCUCCCUUUCUGGGUUUAAAAAAGAAAGCUUUUUAAAAAAUUUAUUUCUCUUUGUGUUUUUUGUGGCCUCUGCAGUGUCGAAUGUACCAGUUCAAAUGCAGUCCUACUCUUCUUAGUGACAUCUCAUCCAGGGGUAUUAAAAAUGAUCAGGAUAGUUUAGACAUUUGAUCAUCUUUUUACCCUUUGUUGGGGCUACAUUAGGUCAGAGAAAUUAGGUAAAAGAGUUCUUUUUUAAAAAGGAAAGGCAGACUUUUCCUAUUUAUACACACACCCCUUGUCAAUCUUCAUAUAGCCUGGAAAAAAGGUAGACUUGAAUUAUCAUGGUUAAUACUAGAAUGGUAAUUUCUGUUGAUAAAAAGCAGUGAUAAAAUCUUUCACAGGCAGCUGUUAGAGCAGGUUUAAGUAGCUUCUGUGUUCCAGCAUGUCAGUCUUGGUGCAGCAGGGUUUAGUGGGAUGAGUUAUUUUUCAGGUGGGAAUGAGAGACUGCUGCCCUGUCUCAAAUUUUCAGUCAGCUACUGGUUUACGCCUGCUGAACAGAGAGGAGCGUGAUGGUAAGGAACUGGUUUUUUGACUCAAAUGGUCGUGUGAAGAUUCAGGUUACAAAAGCCUUAGCUGUGACCCUUCCUGUGACUUUGGAGCCCUGCAAAUGGGAACUGUUACUACAUCUCAUCUCCUCCUCUGAAAACUAGUUUGACUACGUUGCAGCGCCACCUAGAAUUAUUUAAAAGAUCAUUGUGAUUUGUGUUAGUGUAGGAAUAGCUAAUUAAGUAAAACAAACAGAAAAAUCACAGGAGGUUUUUGUAUGCUACACCUGGCAGCAAAAAGCAAAAGAAGCAACCAAGCAGAGUGUGUCAAGUGCUUUAUCUUUUAUCCUCCUAUUCGUUGUUUAACUGGUAAUCAUGUUUCUCAGUUUAAUGCAAAGUAUAUUUUCAUUGCCACUUAGGCUUUUUUUUCUGAUCAAUUCACAUAAGCAGUAACUUUUCCAUAGUUUCAUCAUGAGACAUUCCUGAAGUUGCAGUGAGUUUUAUCAGGUACGACUCCUUUCUCCACCGUUUCGCUCUGUGCCCCAUUUGGCCAACAGGCUGGAGUUAAGUGGUUCAGUGUGCUGUAAAUUACAGUACUGAAAGCAUCAUUUUGAGGUUCCUUUCAUUUGUGUUCUGUGUAUAGUGUAUAUUCACUGCAGACUUCAUGCUUUAAUGCACUUCUGCAAACUUAACCUUGACUUUUUCGCCAAAAUUUGAGGAGGUUGGGUUUGAAAUACACUCUGCUCUCACAGUCACUGCAGGAGCAUGGAGAAUGGGGGUGGUUUGUGCGCACCAGCAGCUGGUUAUGCUUUUGUUGUUCCACUUCUCGUUACUGUGUUUAUUCUGUGUGCAUGAUAUUGGCAACUAUACGAUUUAAUCGCAUAGCUUCAUAGAUCUAACAAGUCAGUCCAUAAACAUAAGGAUUAAGUAUCUUUUUAGUUCUUAUUAGUAAUAAUUUUAGUCUCCUAAAUGAGAAGGGCAGUGCUUGCGAUGGGGUGGGUGGGUGGUUGUCUUUGCGACUUUAUGUGGGGGUCAUGUACUUUUUCACUAUUUCAUUAUGUCAUGUUUAGUUUGGUAUUUUCAUUUCACAGCUUCUCUAAAAUACUGGAAGAUGGAAAUACUUUCACCAUUACUGAAAAGCUAUAUACAUAUAUAUAUAUUUUUUUUAUCUAGAGUUACAAUACAGAAGUUUAAAAUACACACAAUAUAAACAUUUUACUUAAUGAAGUGUGAAUGUAACACCAAAUGAUCUGUUGUCACAGCACACAAAAAUAAGCAAAAAUGAUCACACAUCUCUCAGGCUUCCCCACAUUUCACUGAAUUUCACUAAAGCACAGCAUGGCAGUUCCCAUAGGAAGUGUCUUCUGGAUGUGUUGGCUGGUUUUGUAAGCUUUGGUUUCUCCUGUAUACAGCUUAGUGUGUUAAUCUCUGGUUAGCAAGUUCUUCAGUCUCUGGAAAAAUUCAGCCUAUUUACCAGCUCUCAUUCUCUAACUCUGAAAUGACUUCCUUCGCCAUUUGAAUGCAGUAAGGACUAUUGUGGGCUUUUUUGGACAAAAACUAUUUAAAAGUCCAUGUUUCAUAAUGCUGUCCGAAUUUUUUAUAGAAAUUGAAGUUCAGUGUUUCUUAGCUAUUUGAUUUUGGGUUGUUUACAACAAGUAGGAAUUAAGUCUUUUAUGCUGUUUGAAAACUAAUCCAGCAUUUUCUGGGUUUAUUGGUAUCUUUGGUGAAAGUGCAAUAUGUUACAUAGUUGGUAGUCAUGAGUGAGUAUUUUGUUUGCCCUAAAACUAGUUUCUCUGGUAAGCAACUCGGGGAUGUGGAUGUUCUUGAAUGCAGCACUAGUCCUAUUCCAUUUUUAAAACAAGAUCAUGUUUUGUUCUAUCUGUGAGUUUGCAUCCUUUAGAAAAAGUCAAAUACAAUUGCACUGAAGUUUUUUAUUGCACUAGAAUCUUGAAUUGAAAAAAAUAUGUAAAAUGUCUGUAAAAAAGAAAGCCUUGUUGCUAGGUAGGGUGGUUUUCCACCUCUGUGUAUCUGUUGGCCUAAGUAAGAAAACUAAAAUUUUGCCGCUUAAAAAGUGUGACUUUUUGUGUAUGAAUUAUAGUUCUGACUUCCAGUUUCACUUGUCACUUUUCAGGACAGAAGGGCCUUUUAAAUAUUUUAAAGUUUAACUUAUUGCCAAUGAGACCUUGAAACUUUGCACUAGGAGAAGACAGACAUCUGAACUUCCACAUCCUCAUUUAUUGUGUUCACUCUCAGUUUAUUAAGUAAAACAAAAAGUUGCUAAAGAAACAUGGUGUUCCCAUGAAACGGGAUCUUUUUCCUACUUCCUGUGAUUUUAUUCCAUAAAUAUUCACCAUCUUUGAUAGUUGAGGCCUCAUUUGCAACAUAGAAUGAUAUAUCUUAGAUUGCCUUUUGAAAGUACUAGUAUUUGCUUGGUUUGAUUUUACUGUUAAGUAUUGUGUAUGCAUUUGAUAUUAUUAUUAUUACAUGUUACACUUCAUUUUGUAUAGCUGGUCUAGAAUAAAUUGCUACAUGAAUUCAUUGAUACCUUCCAAAAAAAGUAUGGGAAUCUAACCUGUCAAUAACUUUUUAAAUGCUACUUAAGAAAUUUAGUGUCAAAUUCUUUGGUUUAGAUGAUUUUAUUUUUUUUUUCCCCUCCAGUUUCCAUCCCAGGGUAUCAUUUCAGGUGAUAUUUGAAUAGCAAGUUUUAGAUUAUUUACUAUGUUAGAGAAUUUUGCAUACUUCAUAUUUCUGCUUCUUGUGCUUUUAACAGCUUUCUAACCCACUGUUUGCUGUUUUGCAAGUUAGAUAUUUUAUAACUGGUUCCGUUUACGCAUUUGAAUAAGGCCCAGGUGGACAAAGGUGCGCAGAUCUCAUUGGAAAAGUCACAUGCACCUCCUCACCCUUGUGAAUCUGGGCAUAACUGUGGAAGGAUUUGAAGGACUGAGCUCUUCUAGCUUAACUUCCUGAUACUAUACAGUAGCUUCAGUAUUUAGACGAAAUAAAAGAAAGCUGGGGUAUCUAGUGACUAAGGACUAAACUAUUCCUACAUGUUUAUGCUAGAAUAUUGUGAUUAUUUAUCAAUAUCUUUCUAUUUUUGUAUUUUUAAUUUUAUGCACUGUGUUUUUUCUGUUCUAAUGGCUGCCCUUCG